CCCCUAAACAGAAACAAAGUAACAGAAAAUCACAAAUCUCUCUAUCCUCUUCUUCCCUAUUUUUUAUCCUCUCCAUAGAUCCAUUUUCCAUUUUUUUCACCAUUGCCUGAUAUAAAUACACCUCAAUGCUCCCCUUCUUUCGAAGUCGCCGAUAUCCCCCCAUCGCUCCUUAAACAUGGUCAGGAACGGUGGGCCUAUCCUCCUCCUCUUCUUCCUCUUCUCAGCCCUUCUCGUCCAUGACUCUGACGCCGGUAUCGGCGUGAACUACGGUACUCUGGGAGACAACCUCCCACCUCCUUCACAAGUCGCCGCCUUCCUCAAACAACACACCAUUAUCGAUAGGGUCAAGCUCUUUGACGCCAACCCCGAUUACCUCAGAGCCUUCGCUAACAGUGGAAUCGCCGUUUCUGUCACCAUCGCCAAUGGCGAUAUCCCUUCCCUCAUUAACCUCGCCACCGCCCGCUCCUGGGUCGCUUCCCACAUUUCCCCUUUCCACCCCCAAACCCAAAUCAACCGCAUCCUCGUCGGCAAUGAGAUCUUGCAUUCCCUCGAUUACAAUCUCAUUAACAAUCUCUUGCCGGCCAUGAAAACCCUCCAUGCCGCCCUUGCACAAGCGGGGAUCCACAAUAUUCAGGUCUCUACGCCUCACUCUUUGGGAAUCCUCAACCCGACCAGUACACCUAGCCUCGGCAGCUUCCGAGCUGGUUGGGACAAGGGGAUUUUGGCUCCGAUGCUUCAAUUCCAUAGAGAGACCAAAUCUCCCUUCUUGGUCAAUCCUUACCCAUAUUUCGGCUACUCCCCCCAGACCUUAAGAUACGCGCUCUUCAAGAGGAACCGUGGUGUCUACGACAGGUUCAGCAAGAAGACCUACACAAAUAUGUUCGAUGCGCAGCUCGACACCGUCUAUUCGGCGAUGAGGAGGUUGGGCUACGGUGAUGUCAACAUUGUAGUGGCGGAGACUGGGUGGCCGUCGGCGGCGGAUAACAACCAGUUUGGCGUCAGCAUCGAUAGCGCCAUGUCUUACAAUGGCGGUCUCGUCAGGCACGUCAAUUCCGGUCGUGGCACCCCUUUGAUGCCUGGAAGGAAGAUCGAGGCUUAUAUCUUCGCGUUGUUCAAUGAGAAUCAAAAACCGGGCCCGACCGCCGAGCGAAACUUUGGUCUCUUCCAACCCGACUUCACUCCGGUUUACAACGCUGGCGUUAUGAUCGGUCAACAGGGACGUCGAGGUGGACAUCACCGUCCUGGUGUUCCUCGUCCCCAUCCUCGUGUCCCUGGCCGUGGUCGUGGAAGAGGACGUGGACGCGGAAGAGGACGCGGAAGAGGACGUGGGCGUGGAAGGCCAAGUCCAGUAGUGGGAGGAAAGAAGUGGUGCGUGCCGAAGGCUGACGCGAGCGACGCAGCGUUGCAGGCGAACAUCAACUACGUGUGCAGCCAGGGAGUGGAUUGCAAGCCCAUCCAGGCCGGAGGGAGCUGCUUCGAUCCUAACACAGUCAGGGCCCAUGCUUCUUACGCCAUGAACGCUUACUACCAGUCCCACGGUCGCCACGACUACAACUGCGACUUCUCCCACAGCGCUGUCCUCACUACCUCCAAUCCCAGUCAUGGUGGCUGUCAAUACGCCGCAUGAGAUAUUCGAGUUUGGAUCCGUUCCCCACAUGGCAAUGGGUAGGGAAAGAAUAUCAGCCCCCAUCGAGGGGGAUAUCUAUCCCAUCCGUUCCCACUGGGGAUCGAUCUGGAGUUGUGGACUUAUAUUCUUUUAUUUUUUAUGUUGGGUGGUUCAUUACUAGGAAAAACAAAAAAAUUUGGUGGCUAAACUAUUUAUUUCAUUUUUCCCCACCAUUUCUAUAGUGGGAAUAAAGACCACAUGUAUUACAUACCGUCUCUAAUGAAAUGGAAAUUGAAAAGCAUUUCAGUUACUCUGA